GAUAUCGGCGAGCACGGCACUCGCAGUCCGCACAAGCCGCAUAACUUGCACAAGUCGACCGGAGGAUCGGUGUAAAGUAUCUCUCAAGAACAAUUUUCGCCAGGAAUUCCGCGCUACAGGAUGUCGCAGGAGGCCUCCGUGAAGUCGUCGCCGCAGUCGCAGGUGAUCAGCCUGGCGACCCUGCCGAACCUGAACCUCCAGCAGCUGACGAUGUUCAAGCAGCAACUGGACCAGGAGCUCGGCGUCUUUCAGGACUCCUUGCACACGUUGAAGAUCGCGCAGAGCAGAUUCCAGGAAUCGGGCUCUUGCCUUGAAAAGAUCACGCCGAACACCGAGGGCAGUGAAAUAUUAGUGCCUCUUACGGGUUCUAUGUACGUGACUGGAAAACUAGCAGACGCGAAUAAUGUGAUUGUUGAUAUUGGUACUGGAUAUUAUGCGGAAAAGAGCGUUGUGGAUGCAAAGGACUACUUCAAGAGGAAAGUGGAAUAUGUUACCGAACAGAUGGAGAAAAUCCAGCAAGUUGGAAUUGAAAGGACCAAGUUGAGAGAAGCGACGAUGGAUAUAAUAGAAGCGAGAAUUCAACCUCCAGCCUGGGACGCACGUGGAAAGCGAUAAAUUUUUGAAUUAACAAAUUUAUCUCAUACUUCGUCAUAAGUAAUUCGUUAUCGUUUGCAUCUAUUUGGAAAUCUUGAUUAAAUCCCAUGGCUUUUUGAGAUUACUACAUACGAAUGCAACUGAUUCCAUGUAAUAGCAAUAAGAUGAUUUUAUUAAGUACAAUCAAGGCGUAUACGUUUUGUGA